CUGGUGAGCCGACAACAUGUUGCUCGUGGGUCUGAAAUACUCGCUAAUACUGGCCAUUAGCGGCUUUUUCCUGAUGCCAGUCCAUGGAACUGGGCCCGAAACUGACCAGGAGCUGCCGCAUCGCAUCUACCGACUCCUCGAUGGACUCUGUGGAGGUCAUAAACUGAGUUCAAGCUCCACUUUCGCCCUGCUGCUCUCCCAGUUCCUGAUAAAACAGAAACUGCGCUAUGUGGCACCCACGCGUUACGAGAGGCAGCUCUAUUACCAUCUGCUGCACAGAAUGGAGCACAUCAGGGAGCCAUCGGGAUGGGUUCGGGAACCGGGCGUCCAGGGGGAGAUCCUUAGCAUUGUUUUUCAAAGGAAUGUGCUGCUGUUGCCUCCAACGCUCAGGUUGGGGGAACUGGAUGCUAAUGGGGAGUACGAGCAGCUGGCUGAAAUCUAUUCUAAGGUCGUCAACGAGGGACAGCUGAACAGGACGCAAUCGGAUCUCUGCCUCCGGAACAUUGUGGAGUUGAAGCCCCCGAACUGCAAGCUGCUCUCCGGAGAGUGUUUGGAGCUACUGGCCAGUGAUGCACCAGCCUACGGAUACCAGAGGACCCACCAGGUCCUGCUGCUCUAUGUGCUGCAGCACCAGGUGUGUGCCCCCCACCUGAGUCCCCCGCAGGUGUACGAACUGCUGGCCAGGAGUCAGUGCGACGAGGUGGAACGCGAGCAGAACGCCAUCCGGAGCCUGGGGCUACCCAUCGCAUAUCGCGAUCUGUAUCUGGAGCAAGCCACCAUCUGCGGGUUGUUUGGCUACAAUGAGUUUGUCAACUGGCGCAACGUAAUGGAAAUUGGCAGCUGGCUGGAGGGGGAUUCGCCGAAGGAUAUAUUGCCCGAUGUUGGCGAUAGUCAGCACAUAAGCGAUCUGGCCUUGGUAUUCUAUAUAAAUGCACUGCUUCUGCUGCAUUGAGCCCCUAAUCUAUAUCGAACCAACCCCUCCAUAAAUUUCGCUUCUGCUUGAUAAGUUAAUAAAGUGCCGCUUAUUGCUUUUAUG